UAGGUAUUUUCCGUAGUAUUAUUGGAGCUCUCCGACCAUGGCGGCGCUCUCCCUCCUCUCCCUCCUCCUCCUCAUCCUCCUCCUCCCUCUCUCCCUCCUCCUCCUCCUCUCCCUCAUCGUCCGCCCCCGCCCCGUCAAGAUCCCCCUCAAGAACCGCCACGUCUUCAUCAGCGGCGGCUCCAGCGGCAUCGGCCUCUCCCUCGCCCUCCGCGCCGCCGCGGAGGGCGCCCGCGUCUCGAUCCUCGCCCGGUCCCAGGACAAGCUCGAGGAGGCGAAGCAGGCGAUCCAGCUCGCCACCGGCAUCGACGUCGCCACCUUCUCGGCCGACGUCCGCGACUUCGACGCCGUGAGUCGCGCCGCGGAGAAGGCCGGGCCGGUCGACGUGCUGGUGGUGAACCAGGGGGUGGUCGUCCCCGAGGAACUGGCCAAGCAGGAGUUGGACGAGAUCAAGUUCAUGAUAGACGUCAAUCUGAUGGGCAGCUUCAACAUGAUCAAGGCAUUUUUGCCGGCGAUGAAAGCUAGGACCGACCGUAGGCCGGCUUCAAUUGCCCUCGUGUCCUCUCAGGCCGGUCAGGUGGGGAUCUACGGUUACACUGCUUACUCCGCAAGCAAAUUCGGGCUCCGAGGAUUAGCAGAAGCACUACAACAAGAGAUCAUUGCCGAUGACAUUCAUGUUUCGCUUGUUUUCCCAUCAGAUACCGAUACUCCUGGAUUGGUGGAAGAAAAUAAGAGGAGACCUCCGCUAACGAACAUAAUAGCUGCUUCUUCUGGUACAAUGAAAGCGGAUGAAGUUGCAGAGAAGGCUUUAAGUGGGAUUAAAUGUGGCAGUUUUAUUGUGCCUUGCAACUUUGAGGGCCAAUUGCUAGCAAUUGCGACUGCUGGUUUGUCUCCUCAAAGAUCAUACAUCAUGGCAUUCGUGGAAGUGGUUGGUGCUGGUAUUCUCCGUCUUGCCGGUCUGUUCUUCCAGUGGAACUGGUAUAGCAGUAUAGAAAAGUGGCAUGCGCAAAAUAAGUAGUGACCUGUAAGUUUCCUGCAGCGAACCUCCUCGAUGCCGGGUUGUUUUGCCUUUUGUUGCUGCUGUCAUUGCUUUGAGUUUUGUUGUCACGAUGACCAUAUAUGUGAUGCUUUUAGUUGAUCUCUGUAUUGCCUGAGAUACCCUUGUCAUUUUGUAAUAUGAUGAGAAUUUGUAGAAAGUAGAUGAAUUCAGAUGCUCGAUUGUUUCAUUUCGUAUCUCUUGGAUUGCUAGAUAAAGAGAAAUAUGCCAUGUCUGUAGCAGGAUGACCAUAUGAUAUGCUUUUUCAUCCCAAAAUAAAUCGUCAAAGUUGCUUUCUG